AUGGCAUAUCCUCUCCAACUAGGUUUUCAAGACGCAACAUCACCUAUUAUAGAAGAACUCUUACAUUUCCAUGAUCAUACACUAAUAAUUGUCUUCCUAAUUAGCUCAUUAGUUCUAUAUAUUAUUACUCUAAUACUUACAACCAAAUUAACACACACUAGUACAAUAGAUGCUCAAGAAGUAGAGACUAUUUGAACUAUUCUCCCAGCUAUUAUCCUAAUCAUAAUCGCCCUCCCUUCAUUACGAAUCCUUUACAUAAUAGAUGAGAUCAAUAACCCCUCUCUCACAGUUAAAACCAUAGGCCACCAAUGAUACUGAAGCUAUGAAUAUACAGACUAUGAAGACCUAAACUUUGAUUCAUAUAUGAUUCCAACAUCAGAUUUAAAACCUGGAGACCUGCGACUACUAGAAGUAGAUAACCGAAUGGUAUUACCCAUAGAAAUAACAAUCCGAGUACUAGUAUCUUCCGAAGAUGUACUACAUUCAUGAGCUGUACCCUCUCUGGGAUUAAAAACAGAUGCUAUUCCUGGACGUCUAAAUCAAACAACUUUAAUAUCAACACGACCAGGUUUGUUUUACGGACAAUGUUCAGAAAUCUGUGGUUCUAACCAUAGUUUUAUACCAAUUGUCCUCGAAAUAGUACCCUUAGAAAAUUUUGAAAAAUGGUCUACAUCUAUAUUAUAA